CGCUAGAGCCGUAAGUAAACUGUAACUAGAACUACUUGGUGAGACAGAGAGAGCACGGGAUUUGAUUAAUCCCAAAUCGGUCAAAUUUCCCCCGACGCGUCUCUUGCCGACUUUCGCGUCUUCCCGAGCGACCUUUCUCCUGCCGACGACUUACUAGGGAUAGCAAAACGACUGCACAAUGGUUCAAGCCGAAUCUUCCGCAAGUGCUUCUCGUAAUGGUCUUAAGCCUGUCACAGCGGGGGCUGCUCCAGAUUAUGAGCUGCCAUGGGUUGAAAAGUACCGCCCGGUCUUCCUCGAUGAUGUUGUUGGCAACACCGAAACCAUUGAGCGACUAAAGAUUAUCGCCAAAGAUGGCAAUAUGCCGCAUGUCAUCAUUUCAGGCAUGCCCGGUAUCGGAAAAACCACUUCUAUCCUAUGUUUGGCGAGACAGUUAUUGGGUAAUGCGUAUAAGGAGGCCGUCUUGGAAUUGAACGCUAGUGAUGAGAGAGGUAUUGAUGUUGUUCGGAACCGAAUCAAGGGAUUCGCCCAAAAGAAAGUCACACUACCAUCAGGACGUCACAAAAUCAUUAUCCUUGAUGAAGCAGACAGUAUGACGCCAGGUGCUCAACAGGCGUUGCGACGCACGAUGGAGAUUUACUCUUCUACUACGCGAUUUGCAUUUGCCUGUAACCAGUCGAAUAAAAUCAUAGAGCCUAUCCAGUCUCGAUGUGCUAUCCUCCGUUAUGCUCGGUUGACCGAUGGACAGGUUGUCAAACGGUUGAAGCAGGUCUGCGACGCCGAAAAAGUGGAACAUGCAGAAGACGGAAUUGCGGCCCUAGUGUUUAGUGCAGAAGGAGACAUGCGUCAGGCCAUUAACAAUUUGCAGAGUACGUGGUCAGGAUUUGGCUUUGUUAGCGGCGACAACGUCUUCCGAGUUGUCGACAGUCCUCAUCCGAUCAAAGUCCAGGCAAUGAUUAAGGCUUGCUGGGAAGGGAAAGUGGAUGCAGCAUUAGAGACUUUAAACGAGCUAUGGGGAUUGGGUUACUCUUCCCAUGAUAUUAUUAGCACAAUGUUCCGAGUCACAAAGACGAUCCAGACAUUAUCGGAGCACUCCAAACUCGAGUUCAUCCGGGAGAUAGGCUUUACACACAUGCGCAUUCUAGAUGGUGUACAAUCACUACUCCAAUUGAGCGGGUGUAUUGCGAAGCUUUGCAAGAUCAACAUGAAACCCCAGCUGUUUGAGACCCCCAAGGUGUGAUCAAAUGGAGGGAAAGGAACUUGUCAUGUUAUGGUGUUUAGAGGCGUUGAGAAAAGGGGUUAUACCCCCAAAUGUGUUCAACAAUUGGUUCUUCAUUGCAUAGAAAUUGAUAAUCAACUUAGCUGUUGAGUAUAGCUUAAAA